AUGGCCGGGUUCAAUGAGGUCGUGUAUGAUGCCGCACGCAAUAUCGCUACCGUCGGCGCGGGCCUGAAGUGGGGAGAUGUGUACGGGCAGCUGGACAAGUUCAAUGUCACUGUUGUCGGGGGGAGGGUGUUGGAUGUCGGCGUGGGAGGUCUUAUCCUUGGGAGUGGUCUGUGGUAUCUUUCCGAUCUGUAUGGUCUUGCGUGCGACAAUGUGGUUAAUUUCGAGGUCGUCCUUGCUAAUGGAUCGGCUGUCAACGCCAAUGUGACGUCCAACGCGGAUCUUUUCUGGGCCCUGAAGGGAGGAAGCAACAAUUUUGCUAUUGUCAUCGCGUUCACUCUCUCCACCUACCCCAUCCACAACGUCUGGGGCGGCGUCAAACAGUACUCGCUCGACCAGCUGCCUGCCCUGAUGGCCGCCAUGACCGAGUACCAGUCGGUGCCGAACAAGGAUCCCUAUGCCAACCUGAUGCUGCAGGCCUUCACGACGAACGCCAGCGUCGGCGCCGUGCUGAACAUGGUCUAUCUCAAGCCGGAGGCCUCGCCGCCAGCCUUUGAGCCCUUCUACAGCAUCUCCACGACCGCAGACACCACCAAGCUGCAGACGCUGACCGAGAUGCUGAGCUGGCAGAUGGUGCCGCCCAUCCCGCGCUGGGACUGGUUCGCCACGAGUUUCACGCCCAACGCCUCGCUGUACCAGGAGAUCGCGACGAUCGUGACCUCGGCGCCGGAACUGGCCACGCUCAAGGCGCUGACCUCGGGGACCAUGGCGCUGGGUCUGCAGCCCAUCUCGUCCAGUCUAGUCCUCGCGGGGAACGACCGCGGCGACGGCAACGCGCUGGACCUGCAGAGCGUCAAUCAGACGUGGUUCGUGCUAGACACGGGCUGGCAGUUCGCCAGCGACGACGCCACAGCGUACAACGCGACGCGCGCCAUCAAGGACCGCAUCGAGCGGGCGUCGCGGGCGGCGGGCGACUAUGUGCCGUACAUCUUCAUGAACGAUGCCAGCUGGGAUCAGGAUGUACUGGGGCAUUAUGGGGCAGAGAAUGUGCGGCGGUUGAGGGAGGUCCAGCGAGUGUAUGAUCCGGAUUUGGUGUUUCAGGAGUUGGUGUCUGGGGGGUUUAAGUUGAACCGCUAG